CCAUGUUUUAAAUAAUACAAACAACUAAAUAAUGAGCGACCAAGUGGAAUUGUUAUUUUUCGAUACGUUCGCUCACGAUAAUUCAGAAGAAAUCAACUUGGACUUGGUGCAGUUUCCCAAGCCGGUUUUCGUCGUAGAAGUUCGUAUAAUCCCAUUGGGCGCUAGAGUACAAGCGGAUUUUCCUGGAGGAGUUAGAUUGGGAGCCACGAAUCCCAGUCAAUUCGACAUAGAAUUCUUCGUCAACGACUUGGGAAAACCAGGGGCUAGUACGUUCGAAUCAUUAGGGGGUUUCAAGUACGAUCAAAACGGUUGCAUUAACUUGGAAUGUACGCCAAGUGAAGUUAUUAGGAAGAUACCAACUGAUGGAUUGGUCCUUAGAGGUUGGUACACCACCAUAACACUAGCUGUAUAUGGGACAUUAACGAAUAAUAUAAACGAGCAAAUAAUCCCACCCGUUGCAAAUCCAACCUUAACGAAACCGAAUGUACCGAUCGAUUCCGAGCAAGUUAUAGCUGGCUCGCCUUUGGAAGGCGAAUGGCUGCAAGACGGCAACAUAAUAACGCCUCUACCUAUAGACUAUUCAGCCCAACAGACCACUUCGUAUCAACAAUUCACCCAACCCGAGCAGUAUGUUCAAGAGUUCAAUUACUACACCGAAGGUCCAAAGGAUCCGAGGAGUUACCAUCACACGCCCGAGACCGAUUGGGACAAGAGGAGCAGAGACGAAGAAAGGGAUCACAAUCGAGAUGUACCCUAUCAAAAACCGAUUGCAGAACGUGAUCAGCACAGGCCGGAAAACGAUAGAAGAGAACGCGAGAAGAGAUACAACCGAUCGGAGAGCAAAGAUAGGGAUAGACAGUCGAGAGAGUAUCAUGAUGAUAGAGAAUCAGACGUUAAGUGGCCAGAGCAGGAAUUACCCGAGUAUCGAGUGGAUCGAAGCGAUCACGAUUGGAACGAUAGGGAAAGAAAUCACGAAAGAGACAGAUACAAUAAACACGAUGAUAACUAUCGAAGGUCUUAUAACAGAAACGAAGAUAGAGAGGAUAGGAAGAGACCUCGAACGCCACCGAGUCACUCUCCGAAGAAGCCUCACAGUCCGCAAAUUCAAGAAUCAAAUGAAGCUGUUAAGGAAGAAGCUGUAGAAGAGACAGAUAAGAAAUUAGUUGAUGACCAAAUUAAAGGCAGUCCGGUUAAAGAGCAGCAAAUGAACGAAGAACCUAUCCAUUUGGAUAUUGAAGAAUUCGAGCCAAUAUUAAGCGAUGAGGAUAUUUUAGAUGAUCCCGAUCACUAUCAAGAUAUGGAUUUCGAUUACACCGCUUACACCAACACAGACGACAUUAUAAAACUAUUUACACCAGGUGUUAAUGAAUUACAAAAGUACCCCAAGAAAACGAGGUAUGCCAUCGAGAAUAAUUCAAUUGAAAUGGAGGAGAAUUUCAGAAUUUCCAUCGGCAUAACAGACGAUUAUUUCAAAUCUAGCAUCACUAAAUACGAUCUCGAUACUUUCGUUAAUUGCAACACGGAAAUUAAAGAGGAAUUCGUACACUUGUGCGAAAAGGUCCUGAGUGUAAUCGGGCCUUCGGAAAAAUUUUGCGACAUAACCAAGCUGCAUACGGACGUGAAACACUUGAAGAAUUUAUCUGCCAAAGAUAGAGAAGUGGCCGAGCAAGUCGAAUUUAUCGUAACGACAAUGCUGGAUUGGUUGAAGAUAGCUAUGAAUUUCGAACUGGCUAAUCUACAAACCCAGCCUACCUACAAAAUCAGGCACCUAAAGUGCGGCGUACGAUUAGCCGACUACUGUUGCACAAGCGACAUAUUUUUGGAAAUACUAUCGCGAAACGAUGUUAACUUCAACGUGCAUAAGAAUUUGUUGUAUCUGUACGAGCAAGAGUUUAUGGCCUUGUCGAUUAAACUCGCCAUCCUCAAGGCCUUGGACACUUACUUGCAUCACAAAGUCGCCAUAGAGAAGUUCUUGUGGAACGACAACGUUCAAAACGGCACCGGCUCGGCUCCUAUGAUCGAAUCCGAAGGCUACAAAAGCCUGAUCAACUACAUCAGGGAUAACCCUUCAGUGAGGAUUAAGUUCGCGUUGACUUCGAUCGUGAAGAAAUUGAAUCUCUACGAAAUACUCCACAGAUUGAAUUUUAUUAUCGACGGAACGCGCGAUGAUAGUACGACUCCUGAGGAGAUAAAAUUCAUCACUAAAUCCUUGAACGUCGUUUUGAACUACUGCAAAAUAGGAAGCUUCGUUUUAUCGCAACCGAAGAGGUUUCUGCCAGUCACUUGUCAAUUCGAAAUAUCUAGAGAUUGCAACAACGACAUAAUUUUGGAUUAUUUCAGGAUGUUCAACUUGCUGCAUUGCUUCCUCGUGUUAUUAACGUCCCAAUGUACGAUGAAUUUACCUCUAAUCAAAGCGCCGAUAUACGAAAUAUUGUCUACGUUAUUAACGCAUUACGAAGGUGUGCAAUACCUUUCCGAUAACAUCGAAGUAAUCAACGCUCUGCUGAAGUGCCUUUUAAGAAUCGAAGAUGACAUUCAAUACGAAAACGUCGAUUUGCAAUCACACCAUUUAGGUUUACAAAUCGCCUACAAACUGCAAGCUUUCUAUCACAUCGAAUCGCUUUUGUACAACCCUUGCGACUUGGAAUCCCCGGAAGUGAUCGAUAAUUUGCACGCUUUGUUUUGCCUGAGUUUCUCGCCCUUCGGUAAGAUAGCCGUGGCCGAAUCGCUAGGUUUAGGCGAUAACAUACAGUGUUUGUUGAGAUUUUUGGAGCUCAUCUUCUCCAAAGACAAGCCCGAGAUGUUGAUUGCUCGUUACAAAAACUCGCCAUCGAUCGGUUACAUAGUGGAUUUGAUUUUCCUGACUGUCACUUUGGUGCCUAACGUGCCGCUGUUGGAGAAGAACUCGAAGAUAUUGCUGCAUUUCGUCAACCAACACGAUUUGUUCGAAGAGAACGAGAACAACAAAUUGACGGAGCUGAAGUAUUACUUGCUACCUUUCGAGGAGAUUAGCAGAUUGAAGUACGACAACAUCGCGGUGUUUGUGGAUAUUAUUGUGAAGAACAUGGAGAAUUUUCCGCACAAUUUAGGCCCGAUCAUCACAUCGUUGAGAAUCGUCCAGCAUUUAGGCAUAGGACCGUCGGUUUCGACUGAAAAUCCUCUGGCCCAUUACGCCGAAUUGAAGUACAAGCACGUUAUACUGCAGCUAUUCUCUUUGGACGGUACCUCUAUUAUCAUUAAAUUGCUGCAGAAGAUAUGCGAGUACUAUGAACAACCGAGCAUCCAUUCUUCUAUAAUAGUUUCAUCGCAGGGCUGGAUUCUGGUGAAUUCCAUCAAACCUUCUGUAUUAUUGAUUAAACAGAUGUUAUCGUACGUGAUACAAUGCCAAAAUACGAAUUUCAAAGACCUCACUGCCAUUCCGGUGCUGCUACAAACUUAUAAUUUGUUGAACAAUUUCCCUGCAAGUUCUCCCGCUUACGCGCAAGUGCAAGACAUCAAAACCGAUAUUGUCGAUACGUUUUUAGUGUACACUCAAACUGUAUCGGAGCAAGUGAACGAAAAGGAUUCUUUAACUAAAACCCUGUGGACUUUAAUGAUAGGUGAGGUGAUUAAAUACACCACAGCAGUACCGCACACUUUUAUAUCGGGUUUGUUGAUAUUCUCCGAGUUGCUACCUCUACCUUUACCGCUACAAACCCGCGACGAUUUAACCGACGACGAGAUAUCCUGGAUAAUCAGCCUGCGAAAAUUGUGGUCAGCUCACCUGCACCCUCACAGUACUAUCAUUCAGAACAUGGUGAACAAAUUGUGCUUGUCCACCCAGCCGCAGUUGCUGAACUUGUUGAGGAGGAUUUGCGUGCAAAUAGCCGAUUUGGCGGCCAAUUCCGCCGUGAUGAUAGCGCGAGGGAUUUUGGACAACGUCUACGACGCCCUGGUGCCCAAGGAGAACGCCAAAGUAGCGCCGUGCGGGCCCCAUCUGGCCAGAAUGUUGAAUUUCUUGGCUUGUUUGGUCACCAGGAGUACCAUCAAGUGCGCCGUGCUGCAUCUGCUGCAUUCCAACAGCACGGUUACAUCGAAGACCGAAGAGAAGUACGUGAAUUUGAUACCGGCGUUCGCGCAGAUAUUGAAAAUCAACUCGACUAAUAACAGUCACGUGCAGGCCCAAGAAUGCAUAUUGAGCAUCAUACAGAGUUUCUGUGACAUCGAAAUAACUCUGACCCAAAUCAAGGGCGUAUCGUCCGAUCAGUACUUGGCUAACGCGCUGCCUAUCAAAGACCACUUAUUGGGGUACAUACAAUUAAUGGGCGAUCAUUUAACAACGGAAAACUCGUUCGUGACCUAUCUGCCUAUUUUAAGGACUUUGUUGCUAUUAACCGAACACGAUUACGGAUUCGUGCACCUCAAAGAACACCUGCUGAAGAAAAUCGAUUUUUCCUCGUUGUUGAACAAAUUACUCGCUGGUUUUUCUAAAGACAACGCCGAGUGCCUGUCUGUUUUGAACACUCUGGUGGAAUUUUUGAGGGUUUGCGCUACCGCAGAAGACGAUCCCGAAGGGAAUUUGUUGUACAAUCCCAGGAAAAUGAAACUGAGUCCUGACGAAUUGAAAACAUUACUAAAAUGGCCUGGAUCCGGUGACAACGAACUCCAUCCCUUAUUGAAAUUGGAGAAGCGGCUUAAGGAAGUAGUCGAAGAAGAAAACAACCCAUUGGAAAAUUUCCUCGAAGGAUUAGCGGCGCUUAUGAAGUUGCUAGAGGAGGAAUCCUGCAGCGAUAAGGACGUUACUGUAGACAUCAAUGUACCCGCUCCUGAUACGUUAUUGGUUCAAUUUUCGCAACGGAUGGUAUUCAGUUCGUCGGACGCCUGCGAUGAAAGAUUGACCGCAAAUUAUUGGCUGGGCUUGCCUUCAGACGAGACCGAAAACGACUUGGAACACGUAAGCGUGGAUUUAAUCGAAAUUUGUAGACAAAACUUCAGACCCGAAUUCAAUCUAAUCAAAGAAAUAGAAAAACUAUGUAGAAUAUCGCGAAGUGAAAACACCGAUGAGAGAAUUAAAAAACUGGAAGACGAAGAUGUGAAAAUCAAAAAACCGUUCGUACCUCCGAUGAGGCAAAGAGGUUUUCCUCGAAACAUCCCCCAAAGACCGGAUCCUUUCAGAUCGAGGCCACCGAAUACGUCACGUCCGCCUUCUUUGCACGUCGACGAUUUCGUAGCCCUAGAAACGUGCGGGGCCCAACCGACAGGCCCAACGGGGUACAAUAAAAUAAGCAGAGAAAUGCUGGCCUCGACUCGAAUAGCCAGAGGUACAAGAGGGCGAUCUUUCGUGACAUCCGAAAGGUCCAUGCAGUACAGGCAAAUGUCUUGGUGGGGAGCAGGACUUGGUCGAGGGCCAUAUUAAAAAAAUGUUUUGUAAUAUGUGUAUAUAGGAUAACUGUUUGUUGAAGAGGA